GAGUAUUCCCGGGCGCAGGUGAUAUCGCUGAUCAACCUGGUUUCAGUGAUGAAGGGGUGGAGGAGGAAGACCCGCGUUGACCUCAUUGACCGCAUCGAGGGGCAGGAGGGCAGAUGAAGGGGUGGAGGGGGCAUGGAGGGAGAUGAGCGCCAUUUGGAACGUGGCUUGAGCCACCUUAAAGCAAGACCCGCGUUGACAUCAUGGACCAGAUCGA